AUGCCGCGGCCUACACCUGUGCAGGUGCUUCAGAAGCUUAUAUUGCUUAGCUCGGCCCCACAGCCUGCAGCAGAAGUGGGUCUUCCCCAACCUUCAGGGGAAGGGGAGCUGCUUGGUCGUGGAAGGCAGAAGGGUCCUCCGGGAGCACUCAGACCUGAAGGUAUGCAGCUUCAAAUUUCAGCUGGAUUUCAACAAAUGAAGAUCGGAGAAAGAGGAGGACGACGCAGUGAUUUCCAUGAUAUUGGAAUUCACACCAGGCAAGCUAUGGAGCAUGUCAAGGCGUCGAAGACAGGUGUUUCUGGAUCUGCUAUCGAAUUAAGAGCAAAUUAUUUCCGCAUCAUCUCUCGGCCCCAGUGGGUUUUGUAUCAGUACCAUGUUGAUUACAACCCCCAGAUGGAAUCUCGACGGCUCCGCUCUGCUCUCCUAUUCAAGCACGAGGAAGUACUUGGUCCAACACGUACCUUUGAUGGAAGCAUCUUAUUCCUGCCUCAUCGACUGCCAAAACCUGUCACAGAAUUAUUCAGUGAAACACGAUCUGGUGAGAAUGUGAGGGUGACCAUAACAUUGACGAACGAGUUGCCUCCAACCUCUCCUGUAUGCCUACAGUUUUACAAUAUUAUAUUCAGAAGGGUUUUGAGGAUCUUGAAUAUGCAGCAGAUAGGUCGUCAUUACUAUAACCCCAAUGAUCCCCUGAAUAUCCCUCACCACAGGUUAAUGAUUUGGCCAGGAUUCACAACCUCCAUUCUACAGUAUGAAUCCAGCAUCAUGCUCUGUACAGAUGUAAGCCACAAGGUCCUUCGUAGUGAAACUGUCCUGAGCUUUAUGUCCCAGCUGAGGCAGCAGUGUGGAGACCAGCGAUUUUCAGAAGCUUGCACCAAGGAACUUGUUGGGUUAAUUGUUCUGACCAGGUACAACAACAAAACCUAUAGGAUCGAUGAUAUUGCUUGGGAAAAGACUCCAAAUAAUACUUUUAAGAAGGGAGAUAAGGACAUUUCUUUCAAGGAGUACUACAAGUCGCAAUAUAAUCUGGAUAUCUGUGACAACAACCAGGUUCUCCUGGUCAGCCAACUGAAGAGGCAGGGCCCUUCUGGUGGUGCUCCACGAGGACCAGCCCUGCUUGUUCCUGAAUUUUGCUACCUCACAGGUCUUACAGAUAAAAUGCGGAGUGACUUCAACAUUAUGAAGGACUUGUCAUCUCACACAAGACUAACUCCAGAACAGAGAGAGCAACGGCUGGACAGAUUCAUUACUAAUAUUAAUAGGGAUCCAAAUACACAGGCAGAGUUGACCAGCUGGGGCCUAAACUUUGACAAUAAACUUCUGUCUUUGAAAGCAAGAGUUCUUCCUACAGAAAGGAUCUCCCAAGGAGCAAAGAUUUACGAAUACAGUCCUUGGGUAGCAGAGUGGUCAAGGGAAAUGAGGGGAGCUCAGCUAAUAAGUACCAGGCCAUUGGAAAAUUGGUUAAUGCUGUAUACUAGAAGAAACAUUGAUUGUGCCCAGGCACUGCUUCAAGCUCUAAACAAAGUGUCGCCACCACUAGGCAUCAGGGUGCAAAGGGCAUGCAUGAUUGAGAUUGAGGAUCGGCAGGAUUCCCUGAUGAAGGCCUUGCAGCAUAAUGUUAGUCCACAAACUCAGAUGGUGGUUUGCAUACUUCCUAACAAUCGCAAGGACAAGUAUGAUGCUGUGAAGAAGUUCUUGUGUGUUGACUGCCCCACCCCAAGCCAGUGUGUUGUGGCACGCACCUUAAGUAAACCUCAAGCACUGAUGACAAUUGCAACAAAAAUUGCUCUUCAGAUGAAUUGCAAGAUGGGAGGAGAAUUGUGGAGUGUUGAAAUUCCACUAAAGCAGCUAAUGAUCGUAGGAAUCGACUGUUACCAUGACACUGUAGCUGGGAAGCGAUCAAUUGCUGGAUUGGUGGCCAGCCUGAACCAGGGAAUGACAAGAUGGUUUUCUAAAUGUGUGCUACAAAGUCGAGGACAAGAGAUUGUGGAUGGACUAAAGAUUUCCCUGCAAGCUGCAUUGAAGGCUUGGUACAAGCACAACAAUUGCCUGCCGUCCCGUAUAAUUGUCUACCGAGACGGAGUUGGCGAUGGACAACUUCAGAGUGUUGUCAGUUACGAAGUGCCACCCCCCCGUACCCGACAUAUAAUUUUCGAGAACCUGUCCAAUUUGUUGGUUCCUUCCAGUCCCAAACUGACCGUAGUUGUUGUGAAGAAACGCGUCAGUGCAAGAUUCUUUGCCCGCGUUGAUGGGAAGCCGUCUAAUCCACCACCUGGAACAGUCAUUGAUAAUGAUGUCACAAGACCAGAAUGGUAUGAUUUCUACAUUGUUAGCCAAGCUGUGCGUGUUGGUAGCGUGUCACCAACUCACUACAAUGUGGUUUACGACAGCAGUGGUUUAAAGCCAGACUACAUGCAACGCCUGACGUACAAAAUGUGUCACAUGUACUACAACUGGUCUGGAAUUGUAAGAGUACCAGCCCCUUGCCAGUAUGCACACAAACUGGCAUUCUUGGUUGGACAGAGUAUUCAUAGGGAGCCCAACACAAACCUAGAUGACUUUCUGUAUUACUUGUAAGGACUAGGGAAUGGAUCAUGUAUUAUGUUUUUUCACAUAUUUGUAGUUGAUUUAUACUUUUCUACCUGAAUUUAGUUAUUUGCAGGCAGGUGAUUGCUGCCUUCAUUAGACAUAAGAAAAGUUUAAGUGACAAAAGGCCAUUUAAAAAUAAAAAAUAGUACUGUAAUGUAUAUAUUUUUCUCCAAAAAUAUUUGGAAUAGUUUAGAAGUUAACAAGUGCUUAAGUUUGACCAGUUUAGGUUUCCUUGAAACAAGUAGUUUUCUUUUUUGGAGGCAUCUUGAUCAGAAGUUUAACCUUUUUUAUUGCAAAUCUAAAGAUAUUGGAGGAUGAGAAGGAAGAAUAAAGAACUUUUUUUUUUUUUAUUGAUUUUGAUCCAGAAUGCACAUUGAUUGCAGGAUCAUGGGCAGUUUGUGGGCCAUGUAGCUUGAAUAACUGCGAUUGUUGCUGAUCCAUGUUAUUCCUCCUUUGUUGGUAUUACGUUUAACACUAUAAAAUAGGUUAUUGUGAAUGUAUUGCAGGUCUGUAUUGAAAUUUUUAUUUUCAUAGUAGUGUUCCAAAUGGGAUUGUGUACUUUUGCAAGUUGCAUGUGUUUCGGUUUUGCACUGUACAGGGUUUUUGAGGAUGAGCACUUAAAUAAAUUACCAAAUAUUUUAUGGCAUAGUGAUUUUGUUUUUGAACUGUUAUAAAUCUCAAAAGCCUCUAUUGGACCCAUUUAAAGAAGAAAGUUGCGUCACUCUUUGGUUUUAAUCAGUUUCUGUUUUUAAAGUUUAACUGGAUUGAUUUGAAUUAAAAUGACAGGAAGACUUGCUUACCCUUUUCACUAUCCUGGGUGUAGGAUUAUCUUGCUAUGGCUUCAGUGGUGCGUUCAUUUGGAGAAGUUA